AUGGAAGACUUACAAAACGCCCUCAAUGGCGGAGAUUACGAUCAGGUUGCGGAUGCCUUCAAGACUAAGCGCUUGACCUCCAGGUCUGCUGUGCCCCUUCUACACCAUGCUAUCGCAAAGAGCCUUCCACAGGCUGUUGCCUUCUUGCUGCAGCAAGGUGUACGCCCUGUGGUAUUCCAAAUAAGUCCGCUCGCAAAGUGUCGCUCCAUCGAAAUCUUCGAACUAUUAGAACAGGCCGGAUGGCCAAUCAAGACGAAGGGCCAUCUUAUACUCACCCAAGCUCUCGACAGCCGUGAAGUUGUGGACUGGUUACUUGACCAGGGAGCGCAGCUCAACUUCCCGCAGAGUGAGCUGCGUACGGACCUCAAAAAGGGGGAGCAGGAUGACACGCUUGCAGUUCUUAACGAAGCGGCGGCGCAGGGAAACAUAGAUAUGUUCGAUUAUCUUGUCUCCCGAGGGGCAGACCCUCAAAAAUGUCUAGCGCUACAUUAUGCGACUUUUUACAAGCCCCAAGAUCCCGCGCAGGUUGAAUUUAACAUUGCGCACCUGCUGCAGAGGUAUGAUUACGAUGUUAACGGCGACGACACUUGUGGCGGGCUAGUGAAGCUGAGCGACUUCACAUACACCGGCCGAGAAGGACCACCAUUGCGAUGGGCUGUCUACCAUGAUAACCUACCGGCGGUCGAGUCGCUCCUCCGUCACGGUGCUGAACCGUCUGCCGCAUUGCUGGUUGCCGUGGAAAGAGAUAACUUGGAAGCACUCAAAUUGUUGCUUGGAGCUGGCGGUAACGCCACCGAGGCAUGCAGGAUUGCCGCUACCAGAUCGAAAAUCGACGCGGCGCUCAUGUGUCUAGAACAUGGCGCAGAUCCUAACCCGUCUCUUGUGCGCGAUGCGGAGCUUGCCGGAGCGGAGAGCAUGUACAAGCCAAUGAAUGGCGCUAUGAAGGCGCUGCUUAACGAUCCCAAGUACAAGAGCGACUCUCAAACGGGUGCCUUAUAA